AUGCUUACUUUGUUCCAACAAACAUAUAUUCCUGCUAUUGCGGAGAGACUGAUCGUCGGGCAAGAUAAUUUAGCCCUCGAGACCUUCACCAACUGGGAGGUCUUCAGCAUGCAAGAAAUGUGCGGCUUUGAAACGAUCCUGCGAGGUUCAAUUCCCUGGUGCGAUGUUUUUACACGUGAAGACUGGAAGAAUUUCGAAUAUGGCCGCGAUUUGGUUCACUACUAUCGUGGGGGACCGGGAAAUCCGUACGCUGGCGCAAUGGGUUGGCUCUGGCUAAAUGCUACGACAAGACUUUUGCAAGAACGCCCUGAUGCAGGCACUAUGUUUUUCAGUUUGUAA